AUAUAUUAGUUGUGUGUAUGAGUUGUAAUGUGUUUGUAGUGUUUGUAGUGUUUGAGUGAAAGACUGAAUCAAUGAAUGACUGAGUCGUUGAGUGAUUGAUGUGAUUGUAAAUAAUAGUUGUCUUCAAAUUGAUUACUAAAACAGUGUCAGAGAUGUCAUCUUCAGGUGAUUUCGGUAAUCCUUUACGUAAAUUCAAAUUAGUAUUUCUUGGCGAACAAAGCGUCGGUAAGACAUCAUUGAUCACCCGAUUCAUGUACGACACGUUUGACAACACAUAUCAGGCCACUAUCGGCAUCGACUUCUUGUCCAAAACCAUGUAUUUAGAGGACCGAACAGUACGAUUACAGUUGUGGGACACCGCAGGUCAAGAGCGCUUCAGAAGUCUUAUUCCUAGUUAUAUAAGAGAUUCAACGGUUGCUGUCGUUGUAUAUGACAUUACAAACGCCAACUCAUUUCAUCAAACGUCCAAAUGGAUCGAUGAUGUGAGGACUGAGAGAGGAAAUGAUGUGAUAAUUAUGUUGGUUGGAAACAAGACUGACCUCCAGGAUAAACGACAGGUGACUACUGAAGAGGGAGAGAAAAAAGCCAAAGAACUGAAUGUUAUGUUUAUUGAGACGAGUGCUAAAUCCGGUUACAACGUUAAACAAUUGUUUAGAAGAGUUGCCGCAGCCUUACCGGGAAUGGAGACUAACGAUAGAGCACGAGAAGACAUUGUUGAAGUUGACCUAAAGGACGGUCCUUCAGAGCAGACCAGUCAAGAGGGCAAAUGCUUGUGCUGAGAGAGAAACCGAAUAAAAUUAUAUUUUUUAUUUAAUUUUAUAGAUUAUUUACUUUGUAUAUCUAUUGCAUGAAAUUAUCUCAAAUUUAUUUAUUGGAAAUUAUCGUUAAAUGCAUGGAUCGAAAGCAGCUCUUAAUUUGUGCCGUAAUUUACAUUAAAUUAAUUUCAUUCUGGAUAUCAUUUGCUUUC